GUACACGUGGCAGAAUUAGGGUUCUAGCUAUGGCCAUGCAUUCUCUCGCUUCUCCGCGCUCGAUCUUCAACGCCGCCGCUGCGGCGCCGAGGCAGCGGAGCUGCGGGCCGGUUGUGCGAUGCACCGCCACAGCGAGCGCGUCCAGGAGCUACAAGAUUACUGUUCUUCCGGGCGAUGGGAUCGGGCCGGAGAUUAUGAGCGUGGCGCUGGAUGUGAUGCGAUCCAUCGGCUCACAGGAAGGUAUCAACUUCCAUUUUACCACGAAGCUCGUUGGAGGCGCUGCGAUCGACGCUGCUGGAACACCGCUCCCGGAAGAAACUCUUGUGGCGUGCAAGGAUUCGGAUGCAGUGCUCCUUGCGGCUAUAGGCGGGUAUAAAUGGGAUAACAACGAGCCACAUUUGAGGCCCGAGCGUGGACUUCUGGGACUCCGUUCUGGUCUCGGAGUUUUUGCCAAUCUUCGGCCAGCUACUGUGUUCUCACAGUUGGUCGAAAGCUCCACUUUAAAACGCGAAGUAGCGGAGGGAGUGGAUGUCAUGGUUGUUCGAGAACUAACUGGCGGGAUCUAUUUUGGUGAGCCUAAAGGAUUCGGCACCAACAAAAAUGGCGAUAGAACUGGCUAUAAUACGGAAGUGUAUUCGGCACCCGAGAUUGAUCGCAUAGCUCGCGUUGGUUUUGAGACUGCCCGUAAGAGAACUGGGAAGCUCUGCUCGGUCGACAAGGCUAACGUGCUGGAGGCGUCACAAUUUUGGCGAGAGCGUGUCAUAGAGAUCGCGAAGGAGUAUCCCGAUGUGGAGCUCUCUCACAUGUACGUCGACAAUGCUGCAAUGCAGCUUAUUAGAAACCCGAAACAGUUCGAUACGAUUGUGACAAACAACAUAUUUGGUGACAUUCUUUCUGAUGAAGCGUCUAUGCUAACGGGUAGUAUAGGCAUGCUUCCAUCAGCCAGCAUUGGCCAAUCGGGGCCGGGUCUCUUUGAGCCAGUUCAUGGAUCAGCUCCAGAUAUUGCUGGCCAGAACAAGGCCAAUCCUUUAGCGCAAAUUCUCAGCGUUGCCAUGCUUCUCAAGUAUGGCCUGGGCGAGAAAAAGGCCGCGGAACGCAUUGAAGCAGCAGUCUUAGCAACACUGGACAGGGGGUUCCGAACGGGGGACCUCUUGUCCGAGGGAAAGACACUCGUCGGAUGCAAGCAAAUGGGGGAGGAAGUUAUGCGGGCACUGCAAGCGCCUGUAGCCGCCGCGCUAUAGCCAAGAGUUCCAAAUUUUGAGAGACUGGUAGCUAUGAUUCAGGUUUUGAUUCUCAGGCAGGUAUGAGAAAACUCAAAACUUCGUACUUAUUUUUGUUAUGGAUGAUCCACAAACAAGACAGCGAAAAGAAUAUCGAAGUGCUCACGCGGAGUAGUCGAUAUCGAUGACUCCUGCGAUUCUUCCGAA